CACUGAGCAGUGUAUAGAUGAUGAACGACCAUGCAAAGAAGCUCCCGAUAUUCUGGGGUCAUGGGACAAACGACCCGCUCGUCAAGUUUAUCUGGGCCAAGCAGUCUGUUCAAUUCCUCAAGGAAGGGCUCGGAAUUACUGAGACGACGGAGGCGGAUCAAGCAGGAAUCGAGUUUCAUGCGUAUAAUGGACUCGUCCAUUCAGCGUCCGACGAGGAAAUCGAGGAUUUACAAGCAUGGUUGGAGAAAGUUUUGCCAGUGAACGAAUAAAAGCGCGAAUACAUUUCAGACACCUGUACACAUAAGUAGGAUACAUGAGGAUCUCUCUGGCUACAGGCAUCUGCGAAUCCAGCGUCACGGUGAACUUGUAGCUCGAAUACAGCUCUUGCCUAUUUCGGAUC